UCUUCUCUCCGGUCUUUGUUUUAUUUCACUCUAAUUUGACUAAUUAUCUCCCAAAUAGUUAGCAAAUAAUUAACAAUUUAGACUUAUCUGACAAUAGUUAUCUGAGUAGGGAAUCUCACUCACCUUUAAUCGCAUGACUGACUAAAUAGACCAGUUUUCUAGAAACUGGUGGUGCUUGAUUGAUUAAUAAGUUUGCGUAGACAACGAAUAUUCGUACGGAAAAGUUUUUCGAACAGUUUUCUGCAGGGCAGAACAUAGUUAAGCAAAAUGCUCAAAAUAAUAUGCACGAGCUCAGAAAAACCAAGACAAUUUGUCUUGACGGUCGGUAAAAAAUACAAAGUUGGGAGGAAGGAUUGUAGCAUUGAUUUUCCAGAUGAUCAGUCCAUCAGCCGACAUCAUGCAGAAAUUGUUGUUGAGCACCCCAUGGCGAAUAUGACGGACCCACUUCUCACGCCCACCGUUGUCGUUACAGAUGUGGGAAGCAAGUUUGGAACGUUUGUGAAUGAUGGAAUUGAGAAAAAGUCAAAAAUGGCUAUGCGAGAAGGUCUCAAUCUUUCGCCAGGCGAUCGAUUCAAAUUUGGAUUGCAGUGGAACGAAUACCGAAUUGAAUAUACUCCACUAAUUGCAAGCGUAUCGGGAUGCAAGGGGGACGAGCUUCACAAAUUGAAAACUACAAUCAUGACUCUCGGUGGACACCUGGUCCCUGAAUGGACAUCAGAGUGCAACCUUUUGGUCAUGGACGACUUAGAGUUGACUGCAAAAGCAGUCUGUGCUUUACUGGCAGCUAAGCACAUCGUCACCCCGGUUUACUUUCAAGACUUGUUGAUGGCCCUAAAAAAUAAUAAGAGGCCUCCAAAUCCUAUCGACUUUCUUCCACCCAAGGGCGACAUGGAAUUAAAUGUUGACGGGACUUUCGAGCCCAUAACGGGACGGUCAAAACUGUUUGCCGACAAGGUUUUCGUCUUUGUUGGGGCGAAACACUUUAACAGGAUGUCCGCGGCUGUCGAAGCAGGAGGUGGAACUGCUAAACUAUUUACAGAUGUCACCAUCAAAGAUCUUUUAAAAGAUAACUACAUAUUGAUGAAGCCUAGUGACACCCAAAACAUCAUCUCUGAUUCAAAGGCCAAGAGUACAAUAGCAAUGUACCAGAAGACGAAACGGUUGAUCCAUGAUUCAGAACUAGGACUGGCAGCUCUGUACUUGAAUGCAAAUUGGCACUGCAAUCCAUACCAUGAAUUCAAUGAUAAUGAAACACUUCCCAAGCUACCACAGACUCAAAACUUGGAUAAAAAUCCCGUUCUUGUUCCACCCACGCAGGAUAUGGAGACCCAGUUAUCGGAUACUACAAAAUCUAAUAGACGCAAUGUCGUGGAAGAAACUAUUCUCGAAGACAAAGCACCUGGAAGAAACCCUAAAGUAAAAACAGAACGGACGACGGAAAGCGAACCCCCAUCGAAGAAAAGACCUGCUGAAGAAUCAUUGCCAAGAACCGCUAGAGAGAAACGUCUUCGACAAGCAGCGGCUCCACGAGGAUUAAGUUCCAUAUUUGGAUUUAGUGAUGAUGAAGACGAUGACGAGGAAAUUAUAAUUCCAGACUCUCCACCACCACCAAAGACUUACAGUAUUAUGGAGUCGUCUAUGCAGGGAACUCAGGAACCAGAUAAUUUGAAUACUUCUGACAUCGCUCAUCCACCGCCUCGUUCUCCUGACAUGUUUGAAAGCCAUCCUCCAGUCUUCAAAUCUCCUGAGCGAAGAGCGACACGCUCAAGUGCUCGAACUUCCCCACAAGUCGCAGUAAUUGAACCGGUCGUGGCACCCACAUCACCCGUAUCCAGUCGGUCCACUGGGCGAAACAAACGAAAGAUUGAUGUGUCCCCAGAGACAUCGCCCGUCAAAAUUGAACCUCAAUCUGGGAACAAGAAACAAAAGUCAAGCAAGAAACAGUCAAAGGUUGACAGUGAAAAUUUGGUAGAGAAAGCAGAGAAGUUGACAAUUAAGUCAGAUAUUAAGGAUGAAGAGAAGAAUGACGGUGACGAUCUGCCCAAGCCUGUCGAAGUACUCGAGCGGUUGCUCAAAGGACCCAAGAUUAAACCAACACUUCAAGUCGUUAAUGGAAAAACUAUCCUGAAUUUCAAACAGUUUAAAAAGGUUUUACCACUCGGAAUGCAGCAAAACAAUGCAAGCACUGCCAGUGAAUCGUCGCGAUCGUCCCGAUCAUCGCGUCUGGCUGGUGGGACGAACGUCUCCAAUCGAAGCUUCCAAUUGACUUUCGAGGUCUUUGAGUACUCUCCACGACCAGGUGGCCACAAAGAUGCUGACUCUGAUAGGGGAGAUCGUUACAAUGACUACGACGAUCGAAACGAACGACAACCGCCUCAAAUUAAACGAAGAGUAACGCGAGAUACAGAACCUGCCGAAGAAGUUGAACAAAUGGACGUUUCUCUGCCCCCGUCGUCAAAUGAGAACCCUCCUGAUCCAAGAGCUAGCCGAAGAACAACUCGUGCCACCAAACCAGAGCUGCCACCACCAAAAGAAGAGCCACCGCAGAAGCCCAGCGAAUCGGGACGAGCUUCACGAAGUCAAACCAAGAAGGCCAUUGCCAUUACACAAGUAUUAAUCUCCGAUGACGAAGAUGAAGCUGGGGAUGAUUUGUUCCAAUUUUAGCUAAUAUUGAUAAACAAACUAGGCAUAUCUAUAUCAUAUGUCUUACUACUAAAACUCGUGCAAAAAUAAAUUAAACCUCGCACCCCGUA